UGGGGGCGGGGAGCGAGGAGAGCGCUCGGAAUGUGUGCCGGUCUCUAGGUGGUGCCAAAUUCUGGGGCCUAGGCAUUUCCCUCGCUUUAUGUUUUUGGUUUUUUUUCUUCCUUCAAUCUCUUUGAUUAGGCCGUACGUGGCUGUGGCAAGGAGUUGGGGAAAAAAAUUAUAAAAACAGGAAAGAGAGAAAGCACAGCCAGACCCCCGGCUUCGCGAGCCGCCGGGGAGGAGGCGGAGGAGGCUGAGCCAGGCAGAGUCGCCAGCGGAGACUCGCGAGUGGCGCGCGGGAGGAGCGGCCGCCGGCGCUGGGCUUGCCUUGCUGCUGCUGCUGCUGCUGCCUCCCCACCGCCUUUUUUUUUUUUUAAUCUGGAGCGGGGUGGGGAGUGGGAACCGGAGAGAAAGCAAAAUAUUAAAAAGCCCCAAAGACAGCCAGCAGGAGCGCGGUGCCCGAUGGCUUCGCUGUACCAGAGGUUCACCGGCAAGAUCAACACCUCGAGGUCCUUCCCCGCGCCCCCGGAGGCGAGUCACCUCCUGGGCGGCCAGGGGCCCGAGGAGGACGGCGGCGCAGGAGCCAAGCCCCUCGGCCCGCGGGCGCAGGCGGCGGCGCCCCGGGAGCGCGGCGGCGGCGGCGGCGGCGGCGCGGGUGGCCGGCCCCGGUUCCAGUACCAGGCGCGGAGCGAUGGUGACGAGGAGGACGAGCUGGUGGGGAGUAACCCUCCGCAGAGGAAUUGGAAAGGAAUAGCGAUUGCACUGCUUGUCAUUCUGGUCAUCUGCUCCUUGAUCGUCACCUCGGUCAUACUUCUGACACCAGCGGAAGAUAAUAGUCUGUCUCAAAAGAAGAAGGUCACUGUGGAAGAUCUCUUCAGUGAAGACUUCAAAAUUCAUGACCCCGAGGCUAAGUGGAUAAGUGAUACAGAAUUCAUCUACAGAGAACAGAAAGGAACAGUGAGACUGUGGAAUGUUGAAACAAAUAUUUCUACUGUCUUAAUAGAAGGCAAAAAAAUUGAAUCAUUAAGAGCCAUCAGAUAUGAAAUAUCUCCAGAUAGAGAGUAUGCACUUUUUUCAUACAAUGUGGAACCCAUGAAGAAAGUGAAGUCCAGGAAGUUGACAUUGCCUCAUUCAAAAUCAUGUGACUCAUUAGCAGUAAGUCAAGCCUGUAGCCCAGCUUGUCACCAGGGCUGUUUUCUUCAUUACAUCACCAUGUCUCUUCCUCUUCACUGCCUGCGUGACUAUGUCUCGGCAGUCAAUGGAUACAGCACAGCAUUGCCAGCUUGCCAUGUACAAGGGGGAUCUGUUUCAGAUAUUCCAUGGAGACCCUGGCUGGAGGAUUGCAGGAGAGUCCCAGGAGGCAGGACUGCCAAUGGCACCAGGCUUCGCAGCCAUGCACCUGCAGCCCUCAGGCAGCACUGUCCAUUGUCAUACGAGUGUGGCAGGUGUGAGGCAUCACAUCUGCUCACCCCGGUGAUAAUGCACAGCAGCUACAGGCAGAUUUCGGGCCGGAGAGCAACCGAGUGAGCCUUGCAGCCUCUGCUGCCAGCACAGGCUUGUUCCUUCAACACUGGUGGAGAGAGACACGCUGUCAUCAGGCCCAAGAAAUACUGCCUUCCCCAUCCUAUCCCUGGUCACUGGGUGCCCGCAGAGUGUCCCAGAGGAGGGAGGGAGGGACCCUCCACUGGUUCAAAUGGCCUGUUCUCAGAGAUGCAGCAAUGGACCCUCGUGAAUACUGAACUGAUAAUCAUGGGAAGGAGGCUGGCUCUCCUGGAUUCCAUCAUGAUUCCUCUGAGUGACAAUGUGAUGUUGGCCGACUGUGUCUUCUUCAGGAUAUCAUAUACACUUGAGGUCUCCAGGAGCCUCCAAUUACAUUAUUUUCCUGGCUCAUACAGUGACAAGUAAUUCUUAUCCUGGAUUCCUCGUUACUGAGACUUCUCUUGCCUUUUUUGUUAGCUUAUGACUUAUUCUAGGACUUCCUCCAACAGGUUAUACUUAACUGUCUACCUCAGUCUCUGGAAGUUUUAAAAAUGUUCAGCUACAUAAAAGAAGUAGAUUCUCCCUGGAAACCAAAUACCCACGGGCCUCACUGAAUUAAUAAUUUAUGUAUUUCUAAAAAAAGAUUUAUUAAUUAAAUCAAAAUUUCAUUGUAAUUUUAAAAUAAUCUUGUGGUCUUUCUCCAUGUGUCUGAAGCUAGUAAUCACUCUUAUUGUCCUGUGAAUUCUGAUGUGCAGUUACCUACUAGCUUAGUGGAUAAACAUUUUCUCUAUUAAUGAGCAGGAGGCUUAUUAAACUGUGACAGAUUAGACUAUUCUUUCAAAGCCAUAGGUCAGUGGAAAAACAGAAUCUGGAUGCUAAAAACUGUGCCCAUGUGAAUUAAUUUACCCCUAUCUUUCCCUGAGCCAUCACCUGAGUAUUUGUUCCUAGGUUUGUUGGCUGCAUUUGCUUAAUUUUUGUCUUGUGAUUUCAUUGAGAGGUGUAGUUGAGUGGGUGUACUUACAGCUUCUGUUCCUGUUUGAAAUAUCAUUUGGAAACCUGAUCACACCCUGCACAAGUAUGCUUGUGAGGCAUACUAAUUCAAUACCAUUUGACCAGGUGCCUCCUAACGCUGCCCUCCUCAACCUUUCUCAGCAUGAAUGUACGCUUUUUCAUGUGCUGAUUUUAACAUAAUCUUUGGUUCACAGUAACAGAGAAUUUUGUUUGAAAAAAUUCAGGGAUUGAAGGGAUAUUGACAUGUACCUAGUCACCAUCUAUCACUCCAUCUCAGGAGCAAGUGUUCCUUGCUCUCGUGACUUUGUCCUGGUGACACAGAAUUCAUCCUUGUAGACCACUUACUUUCUUCCCAGGCUGGGCAGUUCUGGCUUUUGCAAAGUUCUUCAUCAGCUAAUUUAAGUCUACUUUUUAAAACUUCCCAUCUGCCGAAUCUCAUUCCACCUUUUACGCGGCAGUGUCCACUGCGCUUUCUGCAGUGACGGAAAUGGUCUACAGCUGCACUGGCCAAGAUGGUAGCAUUACCCACACGUGGCUCUUGAGCAUGGGGAAUGUGGCUGGUCUGACAAAGGAACUCAAUUUGUAGUUUUCUUUAAUUGUAAUCAACUUAAAAUUACAUAGGCCAUAUGUAGCUAGUGGCUACCCUAUUGGGCAGUAUAGUUCUAAAGCAAUGCUGAAUAUUUAAUGACCUUCAGAUAUUUGCAUAAAGCUCUCCUAUCCACAUCUUUAGCCUUCUUUGGCCCAGCCAAACAAGUGUUUCAGAUCAUGCCUCUGGACUCCUUUCUGUCUCCGGACUUCGUAACAGCAUGGUCACCCUUCAUUCACCUCGUUAGAUAUCUGAAGUAAUUAUGGAAGUAAUCGAUUCAGUAAAUUAGUGAAUGAAUAUGUGAUUUUAAUUCUUCACAUAAACCUCAUCCUAGCUAAUCCUCUUGUCUUCUUUAUAAGCUGAGGUUUUUGGUUUUAUGACUGUGGGUGGGAAGAGGGGAUGCAGAGGAUAGGACCAAGCAAGGUCGUAUUUUCUUUAAUAACCACAUCCCCACCUGUUUCCCAGUUGGGAAAAACACAAACCGAUUUGCUCUCGGGUACCACUAGUUUAUUAUAAUAAGAUGUACAAAGCAAGGCAGAUGACCCUGCAGUGAUAGCAGGGAUGGUCACUUGUUUGGCAGAAUGGCCCAGGGGAGCAUCUCUAGCCGUUUCAAUCCCAAGAAAGCACCUUGGGGUGGAGAUGAUGUGAAACCAACCUGUACAUCGAAAUCUAUUUUUUAUUAUUCAAAAAUUACAACCUGGUCUUCUGAAACUUAUUUUUUUAUGCUUUUACAUCUCCUACAGCCUUACACAUAAUUUCUAGUGUCUUUUUAGAACCUCUCAGUAUUGUAACAUUUAAUGCAUUCUCAGCAGUGGGUAGGUCCGUGUUAUGUUUGCAUUUGAAGUAGAAGAGCUAAGCUAAAAAAAAUGCCUUUGUUUACUAAUAAGGUAGAUACUAUUUUUUUGUUGCUGUUGUUUGAUGUGGAGUUUAACUCUUGUUGCCCAGGCUGGAGUGCAAUGGCUCAAUCGUGGCUCACUGAAACCUCCACCUCCCAGGUUCAAACGAUUCUCCUGCCUCAGCCUCUCGAGUAGCUGGGAUUACAGGCAUGUGCCACCACACCCGGCUAAUUUUGUAUGUUUAGUAGAGACGGGGUUUCUCCAUGUUGGUCAGGCUGGUCUCGAACUCCCGACCUCAGGUGAUCCGCUCACCUUGGCCUCCCAAAGUGCUGAAAUUACAGGCAUGAGCCACCAUGCCCAGCCGAUACUAUUUUUUACUCAAACCAAAAAAUAUAUUCUGCGAGUAAGUGAUUAUUGACUAUCCACUGUAUCUCAGCCCAUAAUGAUGGCUUCGACAAGGAAUGAGAUGGCCACAGUCAGUGUCACCCACUGCACCACAGUGAUGGGCGUGGUGAACCAAGAAGUGUGGACAUGGCACUGUGCUGGGUUACAGUAGUGAGGGAAGCAAGCUUAGACUAGGGAGCAAAAUCAACCUGUGAUGAGUUGUGCCUUCCUUUAAGCAUCUUGGCAUUUGUUGUUGGCAUUGAGGUUAUAGACCGGUGGUGCAAAGACGAGGCCACAAGGGCCACUGGAGAAGAGGGAGGAGAGCCCAAUGGCUAGAAACUGGAAGGACAGCCACACGUUUCCCCCUCUGAUUCUUUAAUUCACCCACAACAUAUGCCCAUGGUGAGUUCUUCAAUUGCAGGCUUUUGGUACAGGAAAUGAGCUCUUGCUAGAGAUUUAAGACGGAGUCAAAUCAUGGGUCUAGCCCUAAUGAUGAGUAACUGAUGGUGAGGAUGAGAGUUGUGACAGUGCUGGUGGUCAUGAGGAGGAUGAGGAUGAUGAAGAAGAAAACAGCAGUAACAAGGACGAUGAUGAAAACCUGCUAAUUAUGGUGCUGAUGCCAGGGAUAAUUAUGGUAGUGAUAAUGAUCAUCAUCCGAGGGGGAGUUACUGUCAUUAUUUCUCAGUGGCUUCUCUUUGGGUAGAGAGUGAGAUAAUUAAAGUCUGGAAGGAGACAGGAACAGGGGGCGUGCAGCUCCUCAGAUCCAUGGGUCCCGCCCAGCUGCACGCUGGGAGUGAAACUAUCAAGAUUAAGAGCUAUGCUGUUUCAGCAGCAUUUCCACUGUCUAAAUAUAAACAGCCUCAGGCCCUGAUCCAGCAGAGGAGACCACAGCUGCCAAAUGCAUCGCCAGCUGCAGGCCCUGGCUGGGUUUCUUUAGGGGAAAAGGCCAUCCCACCAUGGACAGGUUCCAAAAGGCAUGAGCCUGCGAAUAGAAUUUGAGGUUCAAGGAAUGCUAGACUGUGCGUCUGUGUUCAGGGUCACAGAGCGAGUCUGAAGGGAGCAGGAUGAGGACAUGGGUGCCCUGCCUCCAGGGCCUGUGCUCUCUGCUGGUACAGACAAGGGCCUGGUGAGAUGGUAGAACAGGGGCGGCUACUGCAGUGGUGCCACCUGCGUAGGAAGACGGGAAUCUAGUGGGGAUGGGCAGGGGCCAGGCUCCCUUUGCUCUCGCAGGCACCCAGCUCCAGUGGCAGCUGCAAAGUCCCAGCUACAGAUGGACUUUGAGAUCUGAUGACAGGAUCUGCUGUUAUCCCACCUCUGGAUCAACGGCGCCAUCAUCGGUGCCCCAGCUAGCCAGCAGAUGUGGGCCAGAUAAGGCUUGACUGGUCCACAUGUCCGUUCUGGCUUAAGACACUGCUUAUCUUGACUCAGGGAGAGAAGGAAAUGGAAGAACAAGAAGAAAGAAGAUGCAUUUAAAACAUAUUACCUAACUAAUGCCGUGAACACAUGAAAUGUCAGCCUUUUGAUUCCCUCCUGCCAAUACGCAUCCGUUUAUCCAGUGCUGACUUACUCAGCCCUGAACAUGCACCAGGCGCUCUCGCAGGCACAGGGAAUACUGUGGUGGACAGAGCCGGGGAAGCCCCUGCUCUCGUGGCUCUUACAUCCUGCUGGAAAGACCGUGCAUAAAUAGAUGUGUUUAUCAUGUGUCAGGCAGGACACGUGCUCCACAGGAAAGUAACGUAAGGUAAAGGACAGGGAGCAAAGGGGAGUGUCUGGGGGAGGACGGCAGGGACGGCAUGGAAGCAGUGGCCCAGCAGAUGCAGGACAAGGUCCUGUGAUCCGAGGAGGGGUCUCAGGGUGGAGGGACAGGGAGCAGGCCAGCGUGGCUACAGUGCAUGAUGUCCAGGAUGAGCAAACGGAGUGAUGUUUGAACAUGUCAUCAGGGAAAACUACACACAGGGGCAGGCUCACAGCCACAUUUUCCCCAGCUGAUCUUGCUUCCUCUGUUACCAAACCACCCUCAAUACAGCCUCGCAAACUGAGCAACAGAGGAGGGGGAACACAACUAAUACCCCAUUUGGCAGGCUGGCUGAAGGCUGUUGAAGAAAGAGCAGAAACACCUGGUAAUCCUUGCAGGUGUCGCCCAGGCUGCAGGCCGGAGCUGUCGUGGGACAAGCAGGAGGCUGGAAUGGAGCUGGGAUGGGAAGGAGCACAGGCCAUCAGCUUCCCAGGCCCCGUGUUAAUUGUGUAAUAUCAUCACAGCAGGGUAGGAUGCCCUGUGAGGGCACCUGACAGGUGUUCAUCACAUUCAUCAGCAUUGCCCUACCAACGACCAUAUUUACAUCAGGCAUAAAUGCAGUUUACCGCACUGUGUGAGAACUGGGGAUUAAUAGCUCCGGUCCAGCUAGAUUCUGAUUUCCUUGGCAGGAGGAGGCAGAACAGCACACAUCUUGACUAAAUAAUCAUGCAUUUUGCAUGGUUAAUAAUUCUGAGAGCAGGAAAGCUACCUUCCUAGGAUCACAGAGAACUGACUUUCUUUUCUACGAAUCUUUGAAAAACCAAACAGAUGGGAUUUUACCUUAAGAGUUAGAUUGCGCUCUUACACUGUGCUGUUCAAAUUAUGAAUUGGCCUCACUUGGAUGUUGGACUAUUGAUUAUCAACUCUGGCAAGCUCUUUAUUCAGAACUUAGGACAUGCACAUUAAAAGAAAAAAUCCUCUCUUUGACCUGGUUGCCACCAAUGUGUAUCUACGUAGGAUGAAAAAAUGCAUCACGUACUCAGAAGAACGGGCUGCAGCCCCGGAGCCCCAGUCCUUCUGCCAGCUCUGGAGCAGGGGGAGCUCCUGGCUGCACCUGAGGUGUCAGUCUCCAAGAACCUGAGCCCUUUCCACACGCAUGGCUCUGUUCUAGGCACUCGGGGGAGCUCAAACAGAAAGAGAGUAAACCUGCUGCUGUUCAAUCAGAGACCCAAGUCAUACUCACAAAUGAUCAAGCUAGUGAACUGGAUGGCAUUUUCACAGCUAGAUCUUGUACUGCAAUUAUAGAUUGUCACCAUAAAGCUUUUGAGAGCAAUUUAAUAGUUAAUAACAUCCUAAUUCUAUGAUAUGAGUAAUCUGUGCUCUGAGAGUGGCCUACAUAUAGGCAGAAGAACCAUGAGGAGCUCUCAAAGAAAAUGUGCCAUAUAUUCAGGCACCUGGGGAGUGGUUGUAGAAAGCAUGACCUUCCAAGGCAAUUGAUUUUGGUUGUUCUUUAAAGGAUCACUCUAGGAGUCCGGUCAUUCUUGUGGGUUCCUCUGGUCUAGAUGACCCUCAUGGAGGAUCUUCUAAUCUUGCAUUAUUAGAAAUGUCAGCUAAGUGGAUUAUGGAUGGACACUUUCAUGUUGUAAAAACACACCACCAGAAGUCAACCAUUCUUAUUUUGCCCACGUAUUAAUGCUAUUUCCAAAACUGCCCGACAGCUCACGGGUGUAGGGGUUUAGGGGUCUAUAUUCCUUGCUAGACUCAAGCUCCUUGAAGGUAGGGAAUAUGUCUUAUUCAUUACUGUAUCCUCAGUUUCUUGCCCCAUUGUGCAAGCUAAAUAAACAAUGAAUGAAUCAAUGAAUCAAUGAUGAAUAAAAGGAAAUUAGUUAAAUUCCCCUUAGAUAGCAAUAAUUGUCCUUCUCACCCCAGGUUAUCUACAGCCAGAUACCAUUUGGAUUAUUGAAUUCCUAGGAUGUUCCUUGCCUCUCUGAUCCUUUGCCAUCUAAUCAUAUCCACUCUUAUGUUUUUAUUUAACUUCUUAAUAUACAUACCUGAUUCCCACCUUUAAGUAUCCUAAAGGAACACAAUGCCUUAUCUUGCUUCCCCUCCGCCCUUGGCACACACCACCUACCACAAUGUUGAACUUACAGUAAACGAUCAAGGACAAGUUUCGGACUAAUGCAGUUGGAUGGAAUGGCUUCUGUGGCUUUCAAACAGAAUUCUAGAUCUGACCUAGACCAGACCCAGAUCCUGCCUGGAUGUCAGGACUUCCCUGUCUCCAGAGAGGCAGUGUGAACAGAGAAACAAUGCCGGGCGGAUUGUUCUGACCUGGCUCCCAGACCCAGGCCAGGGGCCAGGGUGUGUGUAUAAGGGCAUUUGUAUUUUGAUGGACUUUGUGGGUUUUUUAAACCCCAAUUGUAUCAUUGAUUUUUUUUUUUUUGGCAUUGACGUUAAGAUUUUCAUUCAAUGGUGAUGGAUUUCAAAAUUGCCCUGCCAUGUGGAGUGUUACUAAAGCUCAUGUGGAUGAAGGCUGUUGAGCGCCUGUGUCUGUGCUCACAUUGGCUGCUUUGCUUUCCUUUCCUGCCUGACACGUCCUCUCCAUCUUCCCCUUCUCCGUUGCCAUCUUCCUGCCCUUGUCUCCUGCCAGCUUCCUCCUUUUCUGCACUCAGCCUUACCCUUUCUUCCCCUUAUGCUUCUUUUCUGGGACUCCCAAACCCAACUGUGCUUUAGAGAAAGAGUCCUGGACUCAACGCCAGGGAAAUGCAUGCCCGUGUUCCUGCCUUGCUGCCUUCUACUCUGACCUUGAGAAGGUUAUGAACUCUUGGGCUUCCGUUUUGCCAUCUCUCAAGCCAGUAAGUUAGACCAUGGAUGAAAGACUGCCCAUCCUAGGAUUAUAAACUGGGUAAGAUUUGCAUCAAUGUGAGUCUUCACACUGAUGCUGGCUCCAGGUUUCCUUUCUCCACUGUGAGCUGAGUUAAAAACUCUCUAUUAGGAGGCAUUUCACAUACCAUUGUCGAGGAGAUGGGAAAUAACAAUUCCAUUCAUUUGCCAAGUAGAAAAGCCCUUGCCUUCUUGGUUCAUUCAGCAGAGGGAAAAGUAAGCUAGGCGGAGGCAGGAAUGGCCUUUAUUUGCAAAGGAGGCUGUGCCUCACUGUUCUUCAACAGGAUGCCUAAUGAAUUAGAAUUUGAGUAGCAUGGCUGGGUGCAGUGGCUCACGCCUGUAAUCCCAGUACUUUAGGAGGCUGAGGCGGGCAGAUCACAAGGUCAGGAGUUCAAGACCAGCCUGGCCAACAUGGUGAAACCCUGUUUCUACUAAAAAUACAAAAAAAUUAGCCAGGCAUGGUGGCAGGCACCUAUAAUCCCAGCUACUCAGGAGGCUGAGGCAGGAGAAUCGCUUGAACCCAGGAGGCAGAGGUUACAGUGAGCCAAGAUGUGCCGCUACACUCCUGCCUGGGCGACAGAGCGAGACGCCAUCUCAAAAAAAGAAAGGUUAUGCCUCACAGGUUCUGACAUUCAGUAGGAUUUGCACUUUGGCACAUUUUUCUUUGUACAUAAAACCCUUAUCUCACUUCUAGAACAGUGCAGUACUUAACUUUUCCCAGGAUUAGGUAUUCAUUUCAGUCAUGAAAAAGAAAAGGGCAUUUGACCCAAAUUACAAAAACUAUUGAAGUAAAACUGCCCUAUUUUUUCCUUCAUGCUUUCAUUGAAAAAUGCAGUGACUGCUGCUGGAUGAGUGUGGAUUUGGGGGCUCUGAGGGAUGGAGAAGGAGAGGCGCGACUCACACGUGCCAGGAAUUCACAUUCCGGCUGAUGCGGGAACACGGGCGGCGUAUAGACAUCGUACAGACAUUGUACAGACAUUGUAAAGACAUUCGAGCACAAUUUUGAGAAAACAUGAAAGGAUUUCCACAAGUCUUUAUGUCCUCUGUAUAUUAAGGUGUUAAGACAAUGGAUAGCAAGAGAAAGAUGGGAUUUUGUGGCAGAAACUUCCAAAAAAAAAAAGUUGACCUGGAGCAGGUCCUCAAAGCAGGAGGCCUCAGAGUACCUUGUAGUUUAAGUAGGAGGGAGGACUCGGGUAUCUGGAGAUGGGAAUGGAAUUACCAGAGGAGAGGAGCAUUGAAGAAAUGGCAUCAACACUGAAGAAUGCGCUGCUUUAUAAGAAUAAUGAGCCCUUAAAUGCCAGUCUGAAUCUUAGCUUGACAAAUGGGGCGAAUCUGAACACCUUUGGGAUAAUAAUAGCACCUUGCUCUAUUUGAGAUAAAAUCCAUUUCUUCCGACUUCUGAAAGGAAUUAUUGUAUUGGUCCAUUUGUUUUAUUUUAGGAAAUUUUAAAAUAUGAGGUAGAAAGAAAAGUAUAAAGUAUUCUCAAAGUUAUUAGCUAAUAAUUGGCUGAUGUCACUCAGGUGGUUAUAUAAUAAACUGUCUCAGUAUCAUUAAAUUCUAGAAGUCCAGAAGAAGGAGUCAAGGACUUCUUAGUAUUUUGAGGCAGAGGGAAGAACUACAAAAAAACCUCAGGGCAGGAAAAUUGGACCUGUUCCAGGCCCUGAAAGCUGGUGUGAUUUGAGUACAGUGAGAGAGAGACGACAGAGAGACAGAGAGGGAGAGAAGACAGAGAGAGAGAGAGGGUGGGGAGACA